AGUCUCUCCCCAGCCAUUCCCCUUCUCAUUAAUAACACUGCUGGAUUCCUCAAUCCCUCAUAAUCAGGGGGGAUAUCCAGUCAGGUUGCUGCUGUUGCCGGGCGAGAAGGGGAAUCGCUAGGACUGCAUAUGCCCCCUCACUCCAUCCCCCCCAUUCCCCAUUAUCAACCCCAUCCCCUCUCCCCAGCACUGGAAUAGAGAGAGUGUGCAGCCCAUUGGCAGCCCCUGCUGUUGCUGCUGGACUCAGCCUUCCCUCCUUUAAUUGUUCACGUUUUUGGGUGAUUUCUUUUUUUCCUCUGCGGCCACUGGCGUGUGGAUAUCAAGGCAUCAAGAAGAGAAGGAGGAGGGAGGCUGCCAGGCGAGGGCCAAGAACUGGAUCAAGGCACCCCCUCCCCACCUUAACCCCUGCUACUCCUUCACCCCCGCAAUGCCGUCUCCCAGGACAGAUGUUGCAGCUGGAAUCGCAUUGGGAUUACUGUAUUGUUGCUGGCACGUUCUUGCGACCUCUGUCAACGAUGCUCCUAAAACCUGUAGCCCCAAACAGUUUGCCUGUAAGGAUCAGAUGACAUGUAUAUCGAAAGGCUGGAGGUGCGAUGGUGAGAAGGAUUGCCCUGAUGGCUCUGACGAAUCACCUGAGAUUUGUCCGCAAAGCAAGAUUUCUAAAUGCCAGCCCAAUGAACACAAUUGCUUGGGCACAGAAAUUUGUAUUCCUAUGGGCAAGCUCUGUAAUGGGCAUCAUGACUGUUCAGAUGGCUCAGAUGAGGGCCCUUUCUGUAGAGAAUAUGCACACAACUGUACGGAGCUGGGAUGUCAGCAUCACUGUGCACGUACCAUGACCGGACCUGUCUGUUACUGCAACGCUUCCUACCAACUCGUCGAAGACGGAAAGACUUGCAAAGACUUUGAUGAAUGCACAGUGUACGGGACCUGCAGCCAGACAUGCUUUAAUACAGAAGGAUCUUUUACGUGUAGCUGUGUGGAAGGAUAUCUGCUGCAGCCAGAUAACAAGUCCUGCAAAGCCAAAAAUGAACCAGUGGACAGACCCACAAUUCUGCUUAUUGCAAGUACCCAGAAUAUCCUUGCAACUUACCUAAGUGGAACAGCGGUAACUACAAUCGUCCCUACCAGCACCAAACAGACUACAGCCAUGGAUUUUAACUAUGCAGAAGAGACAGUUUGUUGGGUCCACAUGGGGGAAAGCCCGUCCCAAACCACGUUGAACUGUGCAAAGAUCCCCAAUUUAAAAGGCUUUGUUGAAGAACGCGGUAUCAACAUCUCUUUGAGUCUUCACCAUGUUGAGCAGAUGGCCAUUGAUUGGUUAACAGGCAACUUUUACUUUGUGGAUGACAUUGAUGAUCGAAUCUUUGUUUGCAAUAAAAAUGGAGAUACUUGUGUCAACCUUCUUGACCGUGAACUGUACAAUCCUAAAGGUAUUGCCCUGGAUCCAACCAUGGGGAAGCUAUUUUUUACUGAUUAUGGGCAGAUCCCCAAAGUGGAGAGGUGUGAUAUGGAUGGGCAAAACAGGACUAAGCUUGUGGACAGCAAGAUUGUCUUUCCUCACGGCAUUACACUGGAUCUGGUGAGCCGCUUGGUAUACUGGGCUGAUGCAUACCUGGACUACAUUGAGGUUGUGGAUUAUGAAGGCAAAAACAGACACACCAUCAUCCAAGGGCUCCUGAUUGAACAUCUGUAUGGCCUGACGGUCUUUGAAAACUAUCUAUAUGCAACCAAUACUGACCAUGCCAAUACCCAGCAGAAAACUAGUGUCAUUCGAGUCAAUCGUUUCAACAGCUCCGACUACAACGUGGUCACCAGAGUAGACAAAGGAGGAGCGUUACACAUCUAUCAUCAGCGCAGACAACCAACAGUGAGAAGUCAUGCGUGCGAACCAGACCAGUACAAGAAGCCUGGAGGGUGCUCAGACAUAUGUCUGCUUGCCAACAGUCAUAAAACCAGAACUUGUCGUUGCCGAUCUGGAUUCAGUCUUGGCAGUGAUGGGAAGUCAUGCAAAAAACCAGAGCAUGAAUUAUUCCUGGUUUAUGGCAGAGGACGUCCCGGUAUCAUUCGAGGGAUGGAUAUAGGUGCAAAAGUACAAGAUGAGCACAUGAUCCCCAUUGAGAACCUUAUGAACCCACGAGCACUUGAUUUCCAUGCAGAGUACGGAUUUGUAUACUUUGCUGAUACAACCAGUUUCCUCAUUGGGCGCCAGAAAAUUGAUGGUAGUGCUCGAGAAACCAUCUUGAAAGAAGGUAUCCAUAAUGUAGAAGGAAUUGCUGUGGACUGGAUGGGAAACAACCUGUACUGGACAGAUGAUGGCCCAAAGAAGACUAUAAGUGUUGCACGACUAGGAAAAGCUUCACAAACUAGGAAGACCUUGGUAGAGGGCACGAUGACUCAUCCUAGAGCAAUUGUUGUCGACCCACUUUAUGGCUGGAUGUACUGGACAGACUGGGAAGAGGAUCCCAAAGAGAGCAAGCGUGGAAAGAUUGAAAAAGCUUGGAUGGAUGGUUCCAACCGCGUCGUAUUUGUCACAUCAAAGACUGUUCUCUGGCCUAAUGGAUUAAGUAUUGACAUUCCAAACAAGAUUUUGUACUGGGUAGAUGCCUUCUAUGAUCGUAUUGAAAUGAUCUACACCAACGGUACAAACCGCAAGCCUGUGUAUGAAGGUCAGGAGCUAAACCAUGCAUUUGGCCUUUGCCACUACGGAAGCUAUCUCUUUUGGACAGAAUACAGGAGUGGUAGCAUCUACCGGAUGGAUCAAGCCUCCAAAAUUAUUACACUUUUAAGAAAUGAAAGGCCACCCAUCUUUGAAAUUAGAAUGUAUGAUGCCCAGCAGCAGCAAGUGGGCUCCAAUGCGUGCCGUGUGAAUAAUGGAGGGUGCAGUAGCCUCUGCCUUGCUGUUCCUGGGAGCAGACAGUGCGCCUGUGCUGAAGAUCAAAUUCUGGAUGAUGAUGGUGUCACCUGCAAAGCCAACCCAUCUUACAUCCCUCCUCCCCAGUGCCAAACAGGGGAAUUUGCCUGCAAAAACAGCCGAUGCAUCCAGGAGCGUUGGAAGUGUGAUGGUGACAAUGAUUGCUUGGACAACAGUGAUGAGGCCCCAGAGCUGUGCCAUCAGCAUACUUGUCCCUCUGACCGUUUCAAAUGUGAGAACAACCGUUGCAUCCCCAAUCGUUGGUUGUGCGAUGGCGAUAAUGACUGUGGUAACAGCGAGGAUGAAUCCAACUCUACUUGCUCUGCUCGUACUUGCCCAUCUAAUCAGUUCUCUUGUGCCAGUGGUCGUUGUAUUCCCUUGUCUUGGACCUGUGAUCUGGAUGAUGAUUGUGGUGAUCGCUCAGAUGAAUCUUCUAAAUGUGCUUAUCCAACCUGCUUCCCUCUCACACAGUUCACUUGUAACAGCGGGCGAUGCAUCAACAUCAAUUGGCGCUGUGAUAAUGACAAUGACUGUGGGGACAAUAGUGAUGAGGACGGGUGUAGUCAUUCCUGUUCCAGUACCCAGUUCAAGUGCAAUAGUGGUCGCUGCAUCCCUGAACACUGGACAUGCGAUGGAGACAAUGACUGUGGGGACUAUAGUGAUGAGACUCAUGCUAAUUGCACCAAUCAAGCUACUCGUCCUCCCGGAGGCUGCCACAUCGAUGAGUUCCAGUGCCGUUUAGAUGGGCUGUGUAUCCCUAGCCGAUGGCGCUGUGAUGGGGACACAGACUGUAUGGACACCAGUGAUGAAAAGAACUGUGAUGGUGUUACACAUGCUUGUGAUCCCAAUGUGAAAUUUGGGUGCAAGGACUCCGCCAGGUGCAUCAGUAAAGCUUGGGUAUGUGAUGGAGACAGCGAUUGUGAAGAUAAUUCUGAUGAAGAGAACUGUGAAUCUCUGGUGUGCAAAUCUCCGUCUCACACCUGUGCCAACAACACGUCCAUCUGUCUUCCUCCAGAGAAGCUCUGUGAUGGGAAUGAUGACUGUGGAGAUGGUUCUGAUGAGGGAGACCUGUGUGAUCAGUGUUCUCUAAAUAAUGGUGGAUGCAGCCAUAACUGCACUGUUGCUCCAGGGGAAGGGCUUGUGUGUUCGUGUCCGUUGGGAAUGGAGCCAGGGCCUGAUAACAAGACUUGCCAGAUCCAGAGCUACUGUGCCAAGCAUCUGCGCUGCAGUCAGCGGUGUGAGCAGGAAAAGAACACUGUCAAGUGCUCAUGCUAUGAAGGAUGGAUGCUAGAGGCAGACAAAGAGAGCUGCAGAAGUCUAGAUCCCUUUAAACCAUUCAUCAUAUAUUCAAAUCGCCAUGAGAUUCGACGUAUUGAUUUGAACAAGUGGGAUUAUAGUGUCCUCGUGCCUGGUCUACGAAACACCAUUGCCUUGGAUUUCCACUUGAAUGAGAGCACCCUCUACUGGACAGAUGUGGUGGAGGACAAGAUAUAUCGUGGAAAACUGUCUGAAAGUGGUGCUCUUACUAGUUUUGAGGUCAUCAUUCAGUAUGGACUGGCGACCCCUGAGGGCUUGGCUGUAGAUUGGAUUGCUGGAAACAUCUACUGGGUGGAAAGCAACCUCGACCAGAUUGAAGUCGCCAAGUUGAAUGGCACAAUGAGGACUACCCUGCUGGCUGGAGACAUCGAACACCCUCGAGCCAUCGCUUUAGACCCUCGUAAUGGAAUCCUUUUCUGGACUGACUGGGACUCCAGUAUGCCUCGAAUUGAAGCUGCAUCUAUGAGUGGUGAAGGGCGUAGGACUAUACACAAAGAAACAGGUUCUGGAGGCUGGCCAAAUGGGCUCACUGUAGACUAUUUGGAAGAACGUAUCCUGUGGCUUGAUGCCAGGUCAGAUGCAAUAUACUCUGCUAAAUACGAUGGCUCUGGACUCAUAGAAGUGUUAAAGGGCAAUGAGUACUUAUCCCACCCGUUUGCGGUCACACUGUAUGGUGGAGAGGUCUACUGGACUGACUGGAGGACUAACACGCUAGCUAAAGCCAACAAAUGGACAGGUCAUAAUGUGAGAGUAGUGCAACGUACCAACACGCAACCAUUUGAUCUUCAAGUCUAUCAUCCUUCUCGGCAACCUCAAGCUCCUAAUCCUUGCGCUGCAAAUGAUGGAAGGGGCCCCUGCAGCCACUUGUGCCUUAUCACAUACAAUCAGUCCUUCUCUUGUGCCUGUCCACAUCUCAUGAAACUGUCCCCUGACAAAAAGACUUGCCUUGAAUUUAGAAAUUUCCUGCUCUACGCUCGUCAGAUGGAAAUUAGAGGGGUAGAUAUCGACAACCCAUAUUACAACUAUAUCAUUUCCUUCACCGUCCCUGAUAUUGACAAUGUCACCGUGGUGGAUUAUGAUGCUCUGGAACAGCGCAUCUACUGGUCUGAUGUGCGCACACAGACUAUAAAGAGAGCAUUUAUUAAUGGCACAGGAGUGGAGACUGUUGUUUCUGCAGAUCUGCCGAACGCCCACGGACUGGCGGUGGACUGGGUGUCUCGAAAUCUCUAUUGGACAAGUUAUGAUGCUAAUAAAAAACAAAUCAAUGUGGCUAGGCUUGAUGGAUCAUUUAAAAAUGCUGUCAUCCAGGGGCUGGAUAAACCCCACUGCCUGGUAGUUCAUCCACUAAAAGGAAAGCUCUACUGGACAGAUGGUGAUAAUAUUAGCAUUGCCAACAUGGAUGGCUCCGAUCAUAAAGUCCUGUUCACCAAUCAGAAAGGACCAGUUGGAUUAUCCAUUGACUUUAUUGACAGCAAACUGUACUGGAUUAGUUCCGGCGCCAGCACUAUUAACAGAUGUAAUCUAAAUGGGACAGGGCUGGAAGUCAUUGGUACAAUGAAGGCGUAUCUGGGAAAAGCAACUGCAUUAGCUAUCAUGGGAAACAAGCUGUGGUGGGCUGACCAUGCCUCUGAUAAGAUGGGCACCUGUAAUAAGAAAGAUGGCUCAGACCCAAGGGUCCUGCGCCAGAGCACCAACCAGGUGAUGCACAUGAAGGUUUAUGAUGAAACGAUACAAACUGGAAGUAACAACUGCUCGGUGAACAAUGGAGAAUGUUCUCAGCUUUGUCUACCAACCUCUGAGACCACAAGGUCCUGCAUGUGCACUGCCGGGUACAGCUUGAAAAGUGGCCAAAAGACAUGUGAAGGGGUUGGCUCUUUUCUGCUGUACUCUGUUCAUGAAGGGAUACGUGGAAUACCUUUGGAUCCCAAUGAUAAAUCUGAUGCUUUGGUUCCUGUUUCUGGUACUUCCUUGGCAGUUGGGAUGGACUUCCAUGCAGAUAAUGACACAAUUUACUGGGUGGAUAUGGGCCUCAGCACCAUCAGUCGAGCCAAGAGAGACCAGACCUGGCGGGAAGAUGUGCUUACAAAUGGAAUUGGGCGAGUGGAAGGCAUUGCUGUGGAUUGGAUUGCAGGUAACAUCUACUGGACAGAUCAAGGAUUUGAUGUCAUUGAGGUGGCUCGUCUGAAUGGCUCUUUCCGUUACGUGGUGAUCUCACAAGGAUUAGACAAGCCACGUGCCAUCACAGUUCAUCCAGAGAAAGGGUAUCUGUUUUGGACGGAAUGGGGUCAGCACCCUCGCAUUGAGAGAUCUCGCUUAGAUGGCAGUGAACGGUCAAUCAUCGUGCAAACUAGCAUCAGCUGGCCCAAUGGAGUCUCCAUAGAUUAUGAGGAAGGCAAGCUGUACUGGUGUGAUGCUCGCACUGAUAAAAUUGAGAGGAUUGACUUGGAGACUGGAAAGAACAGAGAGGUGGUGCUGUCCAACAAUAACAUGGAUAUGUUCUCAGUCUCUGUCUUUGGAGAUUACAUUUACUGGAGUGACAGAACUCAUGCCAAUGGAUCCAUCAAACGAGGGAACAAGGACAAUGCUACAGACUCUGUGUCCCUGAGAACUGGUAUUGGGGUACAACUGAAAGAUAUCAAGGUGUUCAACAAAGACCGCCAGAAGGGAACCAAUGUCUGUGCUGUAAACAAUGGAGGCUGCCAGCAGUUAUGCUUGUACCGGGGCAAUAACAAUCGUACUUGUGCCUGUGCUCAUGGAAUGCUUGCUGAAAAUGGAUUAAACUGUCGAAACUAUGAUGGCUACCUAUUAUACUCUGAGCGAACCAUCUUAAAAAGUAUCCAUCUGUCUGAUGAGAGUAGUCUCAAUGCGCCUGUGAAGCCUUUUGAGGACCAUGAGCACAUGAAGAAUGUCAUUGCGCUCACAUUUCACUACCGAGAUAGCAGUCAAGGAGGGAUACGCAUUUUCUACAGUGACAUCCACUUUGGAAACAUCCAGCAAAUUAACCACGAUGGCACUGGGCGCAGGACUGUGGUGGAAAAUGUGGGAUCGGUGGAAGGGUUAGCAUAUCAUCGUGCAUGGGAUACCUUGUACUGGACUAGUUAUACCACCUCAACCAUCACCAGACACACUGUUGACCAAAGCCGUUUGGGGGCCUUUGACAGAGACACUGUUGUUACAAUGUCUGGAGAUGAUCACCCACGUGCCUUUGUUUUGGAUGAAUGCCAAAACCUUAUGUUUUGGACCAACUGGAAUGAACAGCACCCUAGUAUUAUGAGAGCCACCCUCGCUGGGGGAAACGUGCUGAUUAUUAUUGAUAAAGACAUUCGUACCCCCAAUGGACUUGCCAUUGAUCAUAAGGCUGAAAAGCUCUACUUCUCUGAUGCCACCUUGGACAAGAUUGAGCGAUGCGAGUAUGAUGGGACAAAACGAUAUUCAAUUUUAAAAACUGAUCCAGUUCAUCCCUUCGGUCUGGCAGUCUACGGGGAAUAUAUUUUCUGGACAGACUGGGUGCGCAGGGCAGUGCACCGAGCCAACAAAUACAUAGGCGCAGAUCUGAAAAUUCUGAGAGGUGACAUCCCGCAGCAACCCAUGGGCAUCAUCGCUGUAGCCAACGAUACUAACAGCUGUGAAUUAUCCCCCUGUCAAACCAACAAUGGAGGCUGCCAGGAUAUUUGUGUUCUAACUCCUGAGGGUAGAGUGAACUGUACAUGUAGGGGAGAUAGAAUUAUUCAGGAAGAUUUCACGUGCAAAUCUCCUAAUUCUAAUUGCAAUAUGUAUGAUGAAUUUGAAUGUGGAAAUGGAGACUGCAUUAACUACAGCAUGACAUGUGACGGGGUGCCCCAUUGCAAGGACAAGGCUGAUGAGAAGCUGUCCUACUGCAGAAGUCGCCACUGCAGAAAAGGUUUCAGGAACUGCAUGAAUGGACGCUGCAUCUCCAGUUCCCUCUGGUGCAAUGAGAUGGACGAUUGUGGUGACAACUCUGAUGAGAUUGCCUGUAAAAAAGCAAAUUGUACCACUGAGGAAUUCCGCUGCCGGGAUGGGACCUGUGUUGGGAACUCAAGUCGCUGCAACCAGUUUAUUGAUUGUGAGGAUGCAUCCGAUGAAAUGAACUGCAACAUUACCGACUGCAGCAGCUAUUUCAAACUGGGAGUGAAGGGAGUGACUUUCCGGAACUGUAAGCGUACAUCUCUCUGCUAUGCACCCAGCUGGGUCUGCGAUGGCUCAAAUGACUGUGGAGACUUCUCAGAUGAAAUGAAUUGCCCAGGGAUUCGGAAGCUAAAGUGCCCAGUAAAUUACUUUGCUUGCCCAAGUGGACGCUGCAUUCCUAUGAGCUGGACUUGUGAUAAGGAGAAUGACUGUGAGAAUGGGGCAGAUGAGGUGCACUGUGACAAGUUUUGUACUUCAAUGCAGUUUGAGUGCAACAACCAUCGCUGCAUCUCCAAACACUGGGUGUGCGAUGGAUCCGAUGACUGUGGUGAUAAAUCCGAUGAAGGAGCCAUCUGCCAAUCAAACACAUGUAGCCCUGAAUCGUUCCAGUGCCCCAGCACGCAUGUCUGUGUUCCCCGACGCUGGCUGUGUGACGGCGAUAUCGAUUGUCAGGAUGGUGCUGACGAGAGUGUGAAUGCUGGCUGCAUUUUCAACAAUACCUGUGACUCCAAGGAGUUUAUGUGCCAGAACCGCCAAUGUAUCCCCAAGCAAUUUGUCUGUGACCAUGAUGCUGACUGCAGUGAUGGAUCAGAUGAGUCUCCUGAGUGUGAAUACCCUACAUGUGGCCCUGAUGAGUUCCGCUGUGCAAACGGCCGAUGUCUGUCCCAACAAAAGUGGGAAUGUGACGGUGAAUUCGACUGCCAUGACAAAUCCGAUGAGGCACCAAAGAAUCCACGUUGCACUAGUACAGAAAACAAAUGCAAUGAAACGUUCUAUCUCUGUAAGAAUGGGACCUGUAUUCCUGAUAACCUUUUGUGCGACAACAAUGACGACUGUGGAGAUGGAUCGGAUGAGCUCAACUGCUUCAUAAAUGAGUGUCUAAACCGGAAGUUGAGUGGCUGUAGCCAAGAGUGUGAAGAUCAAAAGAUUGGAUACAAGUGCAGAUGCCGUCCUGGAUUUCGGCUGAAGGAUGAUGGCAAAACUUGUGUUGACAUUGAUGAGUGCACUACAACUUACCCAUGCAGCCAGAGGUGCAUCAACACUCUGGGGAGUUUCCACUGUCUCUGUGUGGAAGGCUUUGAAGCCAGAGGAAACAACAGCAUGAGCUGCAAAGUUUCUUCCUCUGUUGAUGUUGAAGAGCCAUUCCUAAUUUUUGCCAACCGAUACUACCUGAGAAAGCUUAGCCUUGGAGGAACAAAUUAUACUUUAAUUAAACAGGGGCUGAAUAAUGCAGUUGCUUUAGACUUCGAUUACCGGGAGCAGAUGAUUUACUGGACCGAUGUCACCACUCAAGGGAGCAUGAUCCGACGAAUGCAUAUCAAUGGCAGCAAUGUGCAGGUUCUGCAUCGCACUGGUCUCAGUAACCCUGAUGGUCUUGCUGUGGACUGGGUUGGAGGGAACCUCUACUGGUGUGAUAAAGGAAGAGACACCAUUGAGGUGUCUAAACUCAAUGGGGCUUAUCGCACAGUAUUGGUUAACUCUGGCCUAAGGGAACCCCGUGCAUUAGUGGUGGAUGUGCAGCAUGGUUACCUGUAUUGGACAGACUGGGGUGAUAAUUCUCUCAUCGGUAAAAUUGGUAUGGAUGGCACAAAUCGAAGUGUGAUUGUGGACACCAAGAUAACAUGGCCCAAUGGCCUCACACUGGAUUAUGUCAACAGCAGGAUAUACUGGGCAGAUGCCAGAGAAGAUUAUAUUCAAUUUGCCAGUCUUGAUGGUAGCAACCGGCACACAGUGAUCAGCCAAGACAUCCCACACAUCUUUGCUUUGACCCUCUUCGAAGACUACAUUUACUGGACAGACUGGGAGACCAAAUCUAUAAACAGAGCCCACAAAACCACUGGAGCAGACAAGUCAAUGCUGAUCAGCACACUGCAUCGACCUAUGGACAUCCAUAUCUAUCAUCUAUACCGACAGCCAGAUGUUGCCAAUCAUCCUUGUAAAAACAACAAUGGUGGCUGCAGUAACCUGUGUCUUCUUUCACCUAAUGGAGGAUAUAAGUGUGCUUGUCCCACAAACUUCUACCUGGGGGCAGAUGGCAAAACUUGUGUCUCCAACUGCACAGCCAGUCAGUUUGUAUGCAAAAAUGACAAAUGUAUCCCAUUCUGGUGGAAGUGUGACACAGAGGAUGAUUGCGGGGAUCGAUCUGAUGAGCCUGCUGAUUGCCCUGAGUUUAAAUGCCGCCCCGGGCAGUUCCAGUGUUCCACUGGCAUCUGUACUAAUCCAGCUUUCAUCUGUGAUGGAGACAAUGACUGCCAAGAUAACUCUGAUGAAGCCAACUGUGAUAUCCACGUGUGCCUGCCCAGCCAGUUCAAGUGCACCAAUACUAAUCGCUGCAUUCCUGGCAUAUUCCGCUGUAAUGGACAGGACAACUGUGGUGAUGGGGACGAUGAGAAGGAUUGUCCUGAAGUCACAUGUGCACCCAAUCAGUUCCAAUGUGCUGUUAACAAGCGCUGUAUUCCUCGUGUGUGGGUCUGUGACCGGGAUAAUGACUGCGUGGAUGCAUCUGACGAGCCAGACAACUGCACUCAGAUGACCUGUGGUGUGGAUGAGUUCCGGUGUAAAGACUCAGGCCGGUGUAUACCUGCACGUUGGAAAUGUGAUGGAGAAGAUGACUGCGGGGACAGUUCCGAUGAACCCAAGGAGGAGUGUGAUGAGAGAACCUGUGAACCAUAUCAGUUCCGGUGUAAGAACAACCGCUGUGUCCCGGGACGCUGGCAGUGUGAUUAUGACAAUGACUGUGGAGACAACUCAGAUGAGGAGACGUGCACUCCCAGACCGUGCUCAGAAAGUGAGUUCUCAUGUGCCAAUGGGCGCUGUAUUGCUGGUCGAUGGAAAUGCGAUGGAGACCAUGACUGCAUUGAUGGGUCUGAUGAGAAAGACUGCAAGGUGCGCUGUGAGCCAGAUCAGUUCCAGUGUAACAAUGGCCACUGUAUCCCACAUCGCUGGCACUGUGAUGCAGAUGCUGACUGCAUGGAUGGCAGUGAUGAAGAGAACUGCCAUAAUACGGUACGGACCUGCCCCAUGGAUGAGUUUCAGUGUCAGAACACUCUGUGCAAACCUCUGGCUUGGAAGUGUGAUGGAGAAGAUGACUGUGGGGACAACUCUGAUGAGAAACCAGAUGAGUGCUUGAAGUUUACCUGUCCACCAUAUAGACAGUUCCGUUGUAGAAACGACCGGGUUUGUCUGAGUAUGGCACGUGUCUGUGAUGGUAUUGAUAACUGCGGUGAUGGCACAGAUGAAGAACAUUGUGAUAAGAAACCCAAAAGUUGUGACAUGGAGAAAGAGGAAUUCCAGUGCAAGAACAGCAAGUGUAUCAGCUCCAGUCUGCACUGUGAUCUGUUCGAUGACUGUGGAGAUGGUUCCGAUGAAGAGAGCUGCUACCCUGAUCUUAAAAUUAAUGGAUGUCAUGGCAACAGCACAAUUUGUGGAGAGGAGAUGAAGUGCGUCCAUACACAAACAACCGUCUAUUGUACUUGUCAGAAUGGUUUCCAGAAGAUCCCAGGAAGCAAUGCAUGCAAAGAUAUCAAUGAAUGCCUCACUUUUGGUACCUGCUCUCAGAUCUGCAACAAUACCAAAGGAUCGCACAUGUGCACCUGCGCCAAAAACUUUGUCAAGUCGACGAACCAUUCAUGCAAAGCAGAUGGAUCUAACCAGGUUCUAUACAUUGCUGAUGAUAAUGAGAUACGAAGCCUUUAUCCGUUCAACCCCAAUUCCGCAUAUGAGCAGGCCUUCAGAGGGGAUGAGAAUGUUCGUAUUGAUGCCAUGGAUGUUUAUGUGAAGGGCAACAAGAUCUUCUGGAGCAAUUGGCACACUGGCAAGAUAUCCUAUCGGGAGCUGCAUUCAACAUCUUCCACCUCUUCCAAUAGAAACAAAAGACAGAUAGAUGAGGGUGUCACUGACCUUAAUAUUCCAGGUCUCAAAAUGCCCAGAGGCAUCGCAAUUGAUUGGGUUGCAGGGAACAUAUAUUGGACUGACUCCGGUCGGGAUGUAAUUGAGGUAGCCCAAAUGAAGGGCGAACACCGAAAGACUUUGAUCUCUGGCAUGAUUGAUGAACCUCAUGCCAUUGUAGUUGAUCCUCUACGAGGAACAAUGUAUUGGUCUGACUGGGGAAAUCAUCCUAAAAUUGAAACUGCAGCCAUGGACGGAACCCUUAGGGAGACCCUUGUGGAAGACAACAUCCAGUGGCCGACAGGAUUAGCAGUGGAUUACUACAAUGAGCGUCUUUACUGGGCUGAUGCCAAACUGUCUAUUAUCUGCAGCAUCCGUCUUAAUGGAACAGAUCCUGUUGUGGCAAUCAGCAACAAGAAAGGUCUUACCCAUCCUUUCAGUAUUGAUAUAUUUGAAGACUACAUCUAUGGUGUAACAUACAUCAAUAAUCUCAUCUUUAAAGUGCACAAAUUUGGGCAUGGGCCUGUCACCAAUCUUACUUGGGGAAUAAACCAUGUGACAGAUGUUGUUCUACACCACCAAUACAAGCAACCAGAAGUAACCAAUCCUUGCGAUCGAAAAAAAUGUGAAUGGCUAUGUCUGCUAAGUCCCAGUGGGCCAGUCUGCACUUGUCCCAAUGGAAGGCGAUUGGACAAUGGUACAUGUAUGAUAAUCCCAUCACCCACACAGUCACCAGAUGCAUCCACUCCAGAAAGCUGCACAUUAGAGUGUCUGAACGGAGGCAAGUGUUUCCUGAAUGCUAGAAAACAACCAAAGUGUCGCUGCUCAUCCAGUUAUGAUGGAGAGAGGUGUGAAACCUACCAGUGUCGGGAUUACUGUAAGAACGGUGGAAUAUGUUCCCCAUCACUCACAGGCAUGCCAACUUGCCGUUGCCCCAAUGGGUUUACAGGUCCUCAGUGUCUGCAGGAGGUGUGCACUUCAGACUACUGUCAAAACAAUGGCUCAUGCACUGUGAAUCAAGGCAACCAACCCAACUGUCGCUGUCUGCCUGACUACACUGGAGACAAAUGUCAAUACAGAAAGUGUAAAGGGUAUUGUGAGAAUGGAAUCUGCCAAAUGCUGCCGAACGGGACAAAGCAGUGUCGCUGCAACCCAGAAUAUGAAGGCACAAAAUGUGAGAUUCACAGAGCUCUCGCUGCAAAGAUGGUAAAUGCGAAACAAGGAAUGGAGAGGUCAUCUGCUCGUGCCUGGAUGGACGUAUCGCUAAGACCUGCCUUACGUGUGAACUACUGCUUGAAUGGAGGAAUCUGCACUAUGAAUCGCCAGACAGAUAUGCCUGAGUGCCAAUGCCCAGCACAGAUGACUGGCCCAACCUGCAAUGUGUUUGUAGGAGUGGAGCAACAAGGCAGCUCAACAGCAUCCAUUGUAAUCCCUAUUGUACUGGUGAUUUUGCUUGUUCUGCUGGUGAUGGCUGGGGCCUACUUCUGGUACAGGCACCGAAUGAGCGGAGCCAAAGGUUUCCAGCAUCAGAGAAUGACCAAUGGGGCCAUGAAUGUAGAAAUUGGCAACCCAACCUAUAAAAUGUAUGAGGGAGAGCCAGACGAUGAUGGAGGUGACCUCCUUGAUGCAGACUUCACGUUGGAUCCAGACAAGCCUACCAACUUUACCAAUCCAGUCUACGCGACCCUGUACAUGGGAGCUCACAACAGCCGACAUUCACUGGCCAGUACAGACGAGAAGCGGGAACUGCUCUCCCGUGGAGGCGAGGAUGACUUCUCCGACCCAUUGGCAUAGGGUGAAGAUUUUAAUUAAAAAAAAAAAAAAAGAAAAAUAGCUAAAAACAUUUAAAAAAUGGAAAAAAACACACACACAGCCUAAUGGUGUAUAAAGUGUAUAAAUGAAGGACUACUUUUAUAUUUGAUCUCAGUAUUAUAAAUAUAUUUUUUUUUUUCCUUGCCAUUAUUUUUUUUUUUUUUUGGAACCUGCAAACGCAUUCCUUUUAGUUCUUCACUCGUCAGUGCCCAGGAACUGCCUGCCAUGGGGACUCUGCAAUUUGCACAAAUGUCAAAAAUCGGAUCCCAUCAAACGAAACGGGAGUUGGAGAGACAAGAGAGAAGCGGAGGAGCAGAACAGGAAGAAGUCCGCUCGUUUUUCAAAAAAAGAGAAAAUAAGAAGAGGCAAACGGUUUUACAGUUUCAAGGGCUGUCAUUUUAACCAAGACUGUUACAUUAUUUUAAUCCAUUUCGGUAAUCACAAGGAUGGUACGAUGAAAGUCAAACAGCGGGAGACCCGUCAGCAAGCAGUUUAUUACUUUUCCAUCGUCAUUUCUUUUAUUUGCUUUUGACUUUUAGCUACUGCACACAGUAAAUAUGUGUUGUUUUUUUUUUAAACAAAAUGUUUUACUUAAUUUUUCUUAAGGAAUGGGAGAGUGAUCUAAACUGGGGGAAAGUCUUCAGCAUUGGUACAAGUUCUAGAGGGUUUUGUGCAAUGUCAUUUCGAGCCCCUUCGUUACAAGUAGGGAGUUGAAAAGAGAAUUAGGCUCCCCUGACAGACAAGAUCCAAACCCGGGAAAAGGAGGCAACGAGACUGCCUGAAAAGCUCAACGUGCCUGAUAUCUAGAGAGCUCCUGCUUUCUAGCUGGGGAAAAUACUCUCCCCACUUUGAAUGUCGUAGAUUUGCAAUCUCAGAUUUUUUCUGUUGUUCUUUUCAGUUGAAGAGGUCUAAGGGCUUUAUAUUUAAUUGCAUUAAACCGUAAAACCUAAAUUCAAAAUCAAACUAAUUUUAGUUUUAACUUUUAAUAAAGUUUUAAAUGAAAAUAAAAAUGUAAAUCCAGGGCACUUUAAAGAAAGCUGUUCCAGAUUUUUUUUUAAAAAAAGCUGCUAUCUCUGCCUUUCUGUAUUUGUAGAUCUGAUUCAGGGAUGCCCCUUGCCUCCCUGUCCUUCGUCUCCCCUGCACCCCCAACUCCUAUAAUCCAUUCCAAGCCACAGAAGGGCAGAGUCUAAAUAUCCCUUAUUUAACACAUUUAAAGGAGCAGUGCUACAAUGUAAAAAAAAAUGAUAUAUAAAUAGUGUUGUUCAUCCUAUCAUGGGGUUUAAUAUGCACAUUUGCUUUUUGUUUCUUAUUCCAAGAAUAGAAUAUAUUCACGUUCUCUCAUUCUCUGCCCUACUCACCACCUAUCCUUCUCACUGGUUGUAUUUUGACGUUCUUUCCUUUACGUUUCACUGAUAUUUGCCUAGCCAACCACAUAAUCACAUUUAUAGAAUCAUGGAUUUACAAGAAUAAAGUGUAAUUAUUUUUACAGGAUUUCAUCAGUCACUUUCUUGCUUUGUGGCACUGCUGCUUUAUGUGUAAUAGCCAGAAAUCCGCUCCCACUUUAUUCUUUCUGAUUCCUUCUUUUGUUGCCAGUGGUCUGUGAAUGCUACGUGCUGCUCUCUGGCAGUGAUGGGGCUAAGCUGAGCUCCUCUUAUUUCCGGUUUAAUCUGUCACUGAUGAUAUCGAGAGUGAUUGCCUUUUGUUUUAAUCCGACAUAAUAAAAAUGAUUUUUUUUUUUGCACAUUCUUGUUAAACAUUAUCCUGUAUCAGGCUAGUUAUUACAUACAUAAAACUAUAGUUUUUAACAGACA